CUGUCAAGCUUCGUUGACCACGAGCUUCCGCCGGGAAGCUCCGAUCGGGUCGAGGCCCACGUCACCGAUUGCACUCACUGCCGCACCCGUCUGCGCGGCUACCAGUCGCUGUCGCACCGUCUGCUGGAGUGCGACGAGCCCGACGUGGAAGAGGCGGCCACCCGGAUCUGGCGAAGGAUCGACGGGCAGGCGCCGGUUUCUUCCGCACGGCGCCGCGGGUCGUUGCGGCUGCCGAUCGCUGCGGCGUCCGCAGCGGUGGCGAUCGCCUUCGUGUUCACCAUCGCGGUCGGCGACCGCCCGCCGACGCUGGGCGAGUGGGGGUUGCCCGCCGCGCCGAGCCGGACCGUCGCCUUGGCCGGGACCCCCGUGCCGCCAUACGCCGGUGCGGAGCCGGUUGUGCUGGAGUGGGCGCUGCCGGAUGCCAGCGAGUUGCGGCCUUUCAGUUCGCCGGCCAUCCUGCUUGAAAUCGAGUUGCAGCCAUCCGCGGUGGCAUCGCACGGCGACCCCACGAACGUGGAGGUGAGGCUGCCGCCCGCGCGCUAUCAGAUCGUCGGGAUGCCCGUCAUACUUCAUGAAGCCGAACUUCAGACAGCGAAGCCGUAG